AUGGAUACAGCUCAACUGACUAAUCAGAAGCGAUAUGUUCUUAAAAUACAACUGAAAGACUGGGAAGGAAAUGAGGCAUAUUCAUUGUAUGACCACUUUUCUCUAGCAAGUGAAGAACAAAAAUACAGGAUUUACCUUAAAGGACUUACUGGGACAGCAGGCAAAAUAAGUAGUAUAAGCCAACCAGGAAAUGAUUUUAGCACAAAGGAUGCAGACAAUGACAAAUGUAUUUGCAAAUGUUCACAAAUGCUAACAGGAGGAUGGUGGUUUGACGCAUGUGGUCCUUCUAACCUCAAUGGAAUGUAUUAUCCAUUACGACAGAACAACAACAAGUUUAAUGGGAUCAAGUGGUACUACUGGAAGGGCUCAGGAUACUCUCUCAAAGCUACAACUAUGAUGAUUCGACCAGCAGAUUUCUAAAUGCUUUGUCUUUAUGUGAAUUAUGUAUUUUAUAGUCUUCAAAGACUUAUUUUACCAAGCAACUUGUCUCAUUUUUUCAAGCCCAGAAACAUGCACUAGUGUUCUGAAGGGGUCAGUUCAGUACAGUUCCUGAACUGCAAUCGCUUUGACCAGCUAAAGCUCAUAUUAUUCAACCAGACCUAAACUCUAAAGCAUCACCUGAUACAACAGUGAUUUGGCCAAAUGACUCAAUAAAAAGAACCUCCAAGAAACCAUCAGACAACUUAAGGACUCUGUUUUACUGACCAUUUAUGUUAUGUAUGUGUUAGUAAAUAACUGGAACAGUGAAAAAAACCCUAAAAUAGUUUUAGGAAUAUGCAUUUUGCCUCACCACUGAACUUAAAACAUUAAUAUAAAACACUGAGCUAGAUCUAGAACUAUUUAUCUUUCUGUGUCAUGUGUGCCCUUUAUGUACAUAAAAAAAAAUAUUCUGUAAUUAGCUCAAUCCUAUACUUAGGGAAUACAUUCUUUUGCCCCAUAGUCUCCUAAACAAUUUCUUACACUUAUUUGAGGAUUUUUUUCCAAUAGCCUAUAUGACGAUGUUUAACUGAGGACAAAUAGCAUUUCAAUAGUUUGCAUUUAUUUUUGGGAACUAUCGUUUACAAAUACCAUAAUUUUCUUCAGUCCAUUUCAGUCACUGUCUUUAAAUUACAGAAAAUCCCUACAAAUUACAAUAUAGCAUGUAUUCCUAUACAUUUUUAUGAAGAAUGCACUUUUUUUCUUCCCUUGUCAUUUACCUAUAAAAUAACUGACCAGUAUUUUAUAAACUGAGACAACGGCAUUAACACCAGAUGUCUGGUUGUCUAUGACAAUCAUUUAUCACCUGGUGCUGUAAUAUAUCUAUAUGUUUUGUAAAAAUAACCUAACUGAAAAACAUAUGCAUGUUCUUUGAUACAAUUAAAUUUAUGCUUGUGACUUAAGAUAUAAAUGACUACAUUUUAAGAACAGGAAGAAAAAUAAUCUGAAAAUUAUCUAAGGUCACACUAGGGUUUUCUUUCAGUAAAGUUAGGGCUCCUCCCUAAAAGUUCUCUGUAGGUAGGCCCUUAAUGUAUGCCACAAUGUGAAUAAAUUACUCUACUAGGCGAUCUUUGUUUUUUUUCUCCCCUUCAUUUUAUUACUAUAUGUUUUAAAACUGUGUACUAAACACUGUGAAUCAGAUUGAGAAGAUGUUUCUUCAUACAUCACAAUAAUUUAGUGGAGGUUUUUCUCCAAAUUAAGUUUAGCUUUUAAUUCUCAUGCUUAUUCUUUGCCUAAUAUUUUUGUAAAACUUUGAUUUCAGCAGUUGACUGAAUUAGUUACAAUGCAUGAACUUAACCCAAAACAAAACAAAAAUCCCGGACAUGUUUCUGAAAGCUAACUUAACAAAAGGUAUUUUAAGGGCAACAAGGAUUGUGAAGGGUCUAAAAAAAUAUUGUAUGAGGAGGGGGUGAGGGAUCUGGGGUUGUUUAGAUGGAGGAGGCUCAGGGGGCACCUCACUCCCUACAAUCACCUGAAAGGAGAUUGUAGUUAGGUGGGGUCUGGCUCCCCUUCUACUGUGCCAGCAGUGACAGGCCCAGAAGGAAUGGCCUUAAGCUGAGAGAGGGGAGAUUCAGAUUAGAUAUUAGAAAAAAAAAAAUUCAUUUUUACAAUGGUCAGGUAUUGGAACAGGUUGCCCAGAGGUCAUGAAGUCAGUAUCCUUGGAGGUGUUCAAGAAGCAUUUGGAUCUGCUGGGUGAUGUUUAGGGGUUAUAGUGGAAGUGCUGGAUAGACAGUUGGACUGGAUGAUCCUGUAGGUGUCGCCCAACCUUGAUGAUUCUAUGGUUCAAUCUUGAGAACAGUAAAUUGUUUUGAGAAUUGAGUUUUUGAGAUAGUUUUGAGGAAUAAUAAUUAAACAGUUUUGCGAAAUGUUUUUUAUAUUGACAAUCAUUAAAGGUGCUGUCAGAGUACCCACCACUCACACCACCACCACCAUUCUUCCAUUCUUCAGUGAAAAUCUGCCAUUAUUACUAAGUGUAACAGAGACAAGAAAUAUUUCUAAUAUUACUUCAUGAUCUGAUUUUACAUAAACCUAAAGACUGUAAAUUAACAGUUUUAUGGAACUCUUCAGUCACUGUCUGAAGAGUUCCAUAAAAUAAUCUCAAAUGUAUUUGAAAUUACUGUUUAGUAUUUUAUUGUUUUUCAUAGCAAACUUGUAAGGAUAUACAUAUCCCAAACUAAAAAAAAAAAAUACUUCCCAAAUUGUUUUCAUGAAUUUCCAAGAAAUGUCUUAGACAGCAAGGCUAGAAGAGAGGUCACACAUACCAACAAACACACAGCAUACCAAGAGAAGCCUAAAGAGUUGUCAUCUUUCAGCCUAGAGGAGAAAAAGGGAAGGGGAGACCUUAAUGGUACCUACAACAGCCUGACUGAAGACAUAGGGAGGACAAAGCCAGACCCUUCUUGGAGGUGCUCUGCUAUGGGACAAGAGACAGGGACAGCAGGCAGUAAAUACAAUUUGGAAUUGGAGAAAGUGAAUUUCGUUUUCAUUUAUUCAUUUAUUACCAGAAGGAUGGAUUGGACAUGUCCCUUGGAGACCUGUGUUGACAACCUUCAGACGUCCCUGGUAAUCUAUAAUACUUCAAGAUUCUAUGAAAUUUAAUAGAAAUGCUGAGUCUACAUUACUGCAUUUCCUGUGUUGCUACAUUUAAUCAGACAACUAAAGAAAAUACUCCCAACAUUUGCGAUAUUAAACAUAUCGACACCAAUAAUAAAAGGAAAGAGAAAUAAAAGCCAACAAAACAAACAAACAAAAGUCCUCCAAAAUGUUCUCAAAAGCCAUGAUGGCAUCUGAAUGCUCAACCUGGCGAAGAAAAGCAGUGUUAACUUCUGGUUAACGCUAACUUUAUUUUAGUAAGAAAACCCUGUAUGACAAAAAUAAUUGAAUAUUGCAUGGCUAGUCUUGAUUUGUUGAAAAGUUUAUAGAAUCUGAAGCUUGCUGAUGACUGUUCUGGGAAAGUAAUCAAAAAUACUGAUGUAGACAAUGAAUGGAUCAAUUGUUUAAUGAGACUUAAUUUGGGGGCAAAAAAGAUCAAUUUAUCAACACAAGUGUAAAAUUUUAGAGUGUAUAUGUCUUUAAAUGGCAUUUCAUCUAAAGAAGAUUGCAUGGCUUUAACUCCGAACACCACAGUGAAGCCACAGAAGGACAUGUCAGAAGGAAGGCAAGAAUAGGAAACAGAAGGCUGCAAAAGCUGCUUUGGACUUGGUACAAACAAGUAAAACAUAACAGCAAGGUAACCCCUACUUUUAAUUCCUUCCUGUAAUCAAAUAAACAGUAUGUGAAACUAGAA